CUCGGCGGCUCGCCCACCCGCCUGCCCCGCGGAACGGCCCCCGUGAACCAGCCCAGCCGUCCAGCCCCACUCGGCCACUCCCACCCGCGACCAACUCCCCCUCCUUGAACGCUUGGGGCCUUCCCUUGGGAGAUUGGCAACCGACAAAUCGAUCGAUCAAUCAGCGCCCCGGCCAUCCGCGAUUCGAAUCGGAAAAUCAAGCCAGAGUCGCAGGCAGCGGAGGCGGCGGCGCCCCACCUCCACCUCCAACUCCACCUCCACCCCGAUCCCGGCACCGGCCCCAAGCCCAAGAUGGGGGACGUUGCCAGGGACUUGACGGCUGGGACCGUGGGAGGGGUUGCCAACCUCGUCGUCGGGCACCCGUUCGACACCAUCAAGGUCAAGCUCCAGAGCCAGCCUACCCCUGCUCCCGGACAGCUCCCCAAGUACGCUGGCGCUAUCGAUGCUGUGAAGCAGACGAUUGCGGCUGAAGGCCCAAGGGGCUUGUACAAGGGGAUGGGGGCACCUCUGGCCACCGUUGCGGCCUUCAAUGCUCUCUUGUUCAGUGUGAGGGGGCAGAUGGAGGCCCUUCUGAGGUCAGAGCCUGGUGUGCCACUGACUGUGAAGCAGCAGGUUGUUGCUGGCGCUGGUGCUGGAAUCGCAGUCUCCUUCUUGGCUUGUCCAACAGAACUGAUCAAGUGCAGGUUGCAAGCCCAGAGUUCCUUAGCCGAGGCAGCCGCCGCUUCCGGUGUGGCUCUUCCCAAAGGGCCGAUCGAUGUGGCGAAGCAUGUUGUCCGGGACGCCGGCGCGAAAGGUCUCUUCAAGGGCCUGGUCCCAACGAUGGGACGAGAGGUCCCUGGCAAUGCGAUGAUGUUCGGCGUGUACGAAGCCACGAAGCAGUACCUAGCGGGCGGCCCAGACACGUCGAACCUCGGCAGGGGCUCCCAGAUCCUGGCGGGUGGCCUCGCCGGUGCCGCCUUCUGGCUGUCCGUGUACCCGACGGACGUGGUGAAGAGUGUGAUCCAGGUGGACGAUUACAAGAAGCCCAGGUACUCUGGGUCCCUCGACGCGCUGAGGAAGAUCGUGGCGGCCGAUGGGGUGAAGGGCCUGUACAAGGGGUUCGGACCCGCCAUGGCGCGCAGCGUUCCGGCCAAUGCCGCGACGUUCGUGGCCUACGAGAUCACGAGAUCGGCGCUAGGUUGAUUGGUGCUGCUGGCCUUUGCCAUGGCGCUUUGCCCGUUUAUUCAUUCUCCUUGCGCGGCUGGAGCAACACGAACAAUGCCAGACAUUUUUUUAGGGGGGAAAUGAGAAAACUUUCACGUCAGUGAUGAGAUGCUUUAAUGAAGCAAAGCUUAAUUGAAAGUCUGUUCCUCA